UCCGGCCUGUUGUGUAUCAUAAUACGGCGCGCCACGCGGGUUUAGGACCACUGGAUCGACCACUGGAUGCAACCCUCGUCACGCGCGCCUCGCCGCUCGCCUUUUUCACCGGUUACCGAGGCCCUACCGCACGGGUAGAGGUGCCAGCCUCGACAAACCAUCCGUUUAAACGGCUCAACGAGUAAACGAUCAUCCGCCGACGGAAUUCAUCAUCUCCGAAUCCAUCCGCGACCACGAUGACACCGUAUGAGUCUCACAAAAGUUGAGUGAGUGACCGUCAACCCGUUACUCUCGGUCGCAACAGUGAAAUUUUCAUCAAAUCAGUGACAGAGUGUGUUUGCCUAGUGACUGAUCCAGAUCAGUGAGUGAAACUUAUUAAAAAACUGCCGUUAAAUAAAAAUAGCCAAUCGAAAGACCCUAGAACUGUAAAAGUAAUAGACAGAAAAUCUGAAAACUACGUCAAGUCCUACGUAAAAUAUCAAACAAAUCCAUAAAGAACGAGUUCUGACAGUUCAAUCGUCAUAUAGUGAUCGCAUAUUAGGUGUGUCAAUAAUUCGGUAUAAAAAUGCAUACCUUAUUUAGCGAGCAGAACGCGUAUUACAGACACGCAACGGCGGUGCCCGUUGGGAUGGGAACCCCGUCGUAUCCAGGGGUGGGCGCCACGCCGGGAUACUACGAACAAUACCGAUAUGGUGGCUACGCGACGGCCGCGGGUUACCCGGUCUCCGGUAUAACCCAGCAACACAUCCAUCAUCCGGGCAAAGACAUGGUGAAACCGCCGUAUUCGUACAUAGCGUUAAUCGCCAUGGCGAUACAGCACGCGCCGGACAAGAAAAUUACCCUAAACGGCAUAUAUCAGUUCAUCAUGGAGCGAUUCCCAUAUUACCGCGAGAAUAAGCAAGGCUGGCAGAAUUCGAUCAGGCAUAAUUUAAGCUUGAACGAGUGUUUCGUCAAAGUGCCAAGAGACGACAAAAAACCGGGCAAGGGAAGCUACUGGUCGUUAGACCCAGAUAGUUACAACAUGUUCGACAACGGUUCUUACCUGAGGCGUCGCAGACGCUUUAAGAAAAAAGACGCGUUGAAAGAGAAAGAGGAAGCUAUGAAGAGGCAAGGCUUGGUACCGGAGAAACAACGUACUCAGGAAGAAACGAAGCCUGGUAACGUGGGUAUUUCACAGCCGACGGACAACUCGGUGAAAAAAUGUGGCACGAUGGAGGCUACUUUAUGCAAGCCGAAGAGAGAGCCGGUGAAUGAUACUGGGAAUCACUGCAUGGCGGUGCAGGCUAAAUACGGUCUUCACAGUCCGAUUCAGGAUACGAAAUCCGCGGUGACUACGAGCAGUGCCGUCGCUGUCGGCGGGCAGAGUGUUAUCCAGACGACGCUGGGUCACCAGGUGCACCAAGUUCACCAGGACGCGAUUCAGGACGUGUCCAUGGGUCUGGACCCGACUAGUUUCAGCGUGGACGCGUUGAUGACGACGCGGGAAAAUAGUGCCGCGUUGAUGACGAGGGACAAUCAGCAUCACGCGCACCACGGCCACGGUCUUCAGCAUCCACACCCUCACUCGAUCAUGACCAGCAGCAGAGAGUCGAUGGGUGGCGGAGUGGUCUCCAGGGAGCAUUUACCGUCCGUGUGUGCGACUACGACCACCACGACCGCGGCCGUCGCGGCGAUGAUGGCUACCACCGGGUACGGUCACGCUAGCACCGUGCCCAGGAGCAACGGUUCGCCGCCCGGAACCAUGUACGCGCCCUACUGUACACCUACGCCUGGUUACAUCAUGGAUCACGCGGAAUAUAACUCGAGGAAUCACAACAAUACCGCGGGACACUCGCAGUGGUACCAGGAGGCUGCUAGCCCCGACGCCGCGGCGAUUUAUCAGGAUACUCAGUCACCGAGCUGUCAGCUUUACAGAUCCAGCCCUCCAACUCCGCUCUCGUCGAGCGCAGCCCCGUCACCGCCCCUGUACCACCGAUAUUAUCAAGACUGCAACACCGUUAACACCAGUGGCAAUCUACCGAUCACGCUGCACAAGUACUGAGAAUACCGACAUUCAAGGCCUCAUCCCCGAGGCCUUGAAGAGCAUCACAACGAACACUACGACCCGAGCCUCGUUUACGUGAAGCAAGAGUGGAUCCCGUGCACGGAAGAGCUCGCCAAAGAGUGGAACUAGAUAAGUCAAAUAAAAAUCCAUGCCGACCCAAGGCGUGAAAGUAACGAUUUUCGGAAAGUUCGUCUCGGAAAACUGUAGAUACUUUAAUUUAAUCAUUCAGGCAAUAGAGGAGAUCGUGGAUGUACACUUAGCACGUUGUAGACGCAGCAAUGAAUAUUAACGAAUAGAAAAAGGAACUGCGGUCUGUCUAAGAAUUAACAGAAUUGACGUUACAUUCUUUGAAUAUGACAAUUUUUACAAUUAUCACCGGUGUAUUUGAUUGACACAUAAUGUAAUCAAUUUUGUUAUUUUUUAUACAGACGGUUAUCGAGAAUGCUUGCUCCGAAUUAUUCGAAUAAUUCAGUGUAACAGCGUUCGUCGAAUCGAGAGUUUGAUCGGUAGCCGAGCGGAACGGAUCGAGUUCGUCCGUUCGUGUUUUCUAUUAACGCUUACUACGAUUCUGCAUCGCGAACGAACGAGAACAAGUGAAAAACGAACGCAAGAAACGACAGUGAUCGAAACGCGAGUCCGGCGCGACGGACACUUGACAUUUCCGAUUCGUUAUCGCGAUCAACGGGCACGUGUACGUCGUGUCUACGCGUGAAGAAAUUCGGUGCGCGUGUUCGGCUCGCGUGUGGUCGAACGAUCUCGGGGAUUGACAGUGUGUAUUGCCUACCACGGAAUCGUGAACGUAUGAAACCAGGGUUGGACUGUUCCUUUCGCGUCGUUUUCUUUUCUCGGGCCGUGGAAAAACCGGAGAGACCGAUAAUUGAACAAACGCAAUUGAGAACGCCUCAACGAGUACCGUUUUUUCUACGCGAGAACUCCUAACUUUUUUCAUCCAACUUUUUCCCUGGCUUAAUUAUCGUUUAAAUUGAAUUCCAACGUUUCGGCCUCGCUCCGAAAGACGUUCAACUUAACAGCGAGGAGGGAACACUGGUACGUUUGAUGAAAGUUCGAUCACAUAAUUUUUGAUAACUCGAUUGAAAUAGUAAUCGAAUAUUACACUUCUGGUAUUUUAAUCUUGCACAGUUCGAUCUGCAUGAUUAUUUAAAUUAAUUUUAAUACUGUACAAGAUUAAAGUAAUUGGAAGUGGGAUAAGCGGAGACUUUUUUCAUCGGCUCACCGUUCCUUCCGAUCUGAUCGAUUUUAUCGUGUAUAGAGACGUUCAUUAAUGAAUUGGAAGCUGAUGAUGUCCCGCGAAAACAGCUGUGAAUAUCAAUGACGGUCGUCGUCAUCCGAACAAACAAAGCCAGGAUCUCUUCACUGACCUCUGCUAAUCCGACUCGAAAUUCUCCUCUCGCUAUAAUAUAAUAGCAUUUCCACAACUAUCUAUGCGAUUACCACUUUCCGAAUAUAAACUUCGUUACAAUUGAACAGACAGUAAAAAAAUAUUUCGUUCUUGUCGCAAUCAAAAUUCAUACAUUCAACAUGGAACAAAAAAUGUUUUAUCUAGGCUGAUAUCAAAGAUUGAUAACGUCAUUAUUAAUUGCAAUUUCUGUUAUAAUUCGUGUGAAACAGACGGUGGUAAAAAGAACAGAUUUGUUGGAAAGGAAAGUGGCGUGGUCGUUCCUCGAUAGAAGUUUGCGAGGUUUUUCGUGUCUCGUCAUUUGUGCAUUUAUUCGUGUAAAACGUCAUUCCUUGCGGCCGAUGCGCGUUUCGGUAGCACGAGAUUGGUCGUUCGACGAAGAGAAACCGUUGAGUUAUAAGAUAUAAUUUAUUAAAAAAACGGAUAAUGUGAAUAAUUAAAAUAAGAACCGACAGUACGAUUGCAAAACCGAUUUGGAAUCGUAUCGUAGAUAGAUCUCUGCGUGUAUAUUAUUAAAAAAGAAGAGAGUAUAUAUAUAUAUAUAUAUAUAUAGAUAUAUAGAUUGUAUAGAUAAAGCUAUAUGUAUAAAUAGACAAAUCGAUAUUAUGCGGAAACGUAUUGGUAUUACGGUUAAAUAAUAAUAAUCGAAAACUUAUUAAACGUAGGAUGAAUCGUGCGAAUUACGAAACCUUACGAAAUAAACGUAUUGAAUCACAAC